AUGGCGAAUGAGGAUCUGGUUUCAUGGAAUGCAAUACUAUCAGGUUACUCUCAAGAGGGAAAUCAUGGGCUUGAGGCGAUUUUUGUCUUUAUUGAGAUGGUGGGAGAAGGGAUGGGCUUGAUCACCAUGUAUGCUAAGUUUGAUUCCAUUCAUGACUCCAUCAAAGUUUUUGAGGAGUUAAACUGCAGAGAAAUCAUAUCGUGGAAUGCUUUGAUUUCAGGGUAUGCUCGGAACGGGCUGUGUCAAGAUGCACUAAAAACAUUCUUGGAAGCAACUAUGAAGUCGAAGCCAAACAAUUGCACAUUUGGUAGUGUCUUGAGUGCAAUUGGUGAUGCUCAGGAUAUUUCUCUGAAAUAUGGCCAAUGA